CAAGCGUCGUCAGUCCCAAAUGCUCGGUUACUAGGACUUGCAUUUCUAGUACAAGAUGUUCAAAACCUUGGAGAAUGCAUUGGUAUCUGCAACAAGCAAACACAGUUCAGAUGCGUAAACUUCGACUGGGCUAAUUUUCUGUGUGAGUUAAACAAAGCUGAUGUCCAUAUUGCUCCUCAAAAUCUUAUGACUGCCAAAGGAUAUGUGUACUUGGAUAAUCCAUGGCCAAAAUUUCAUCUGGUAAGCUAGCCUACCUUGAAGUAUUCCUUAAAUUUAACCAGUAUGUGGAAAGGGAAAGAAAAAAAGCUAACAUACACAUCAAGAGCAAAAAAGAUUUAAUUAGUAAUAUUGUUACCUUUCUAGUUCAAAUCUGAUUCCGUGUCUUCCGUGAAAUUUUAUUUCGAUACCAGGCAAGAGUCUGACAAAACUAUUAUUUUAAUGUUGAAAGAAAUAAACAAAAACAAAACAAACCAAAAGAACUGAAGUUUGAACGUGAUGUUUUCCCACUACCCACCUCAACCAGCUCGGUUUUGCUACCCGUGGGUAGUGAUAAAACUAUAUGAUUAAUUUGACCAAUACAGUGACUGAAUAUUAAAUGAAUGAUCCAACGUCGGAGGGACGACACGCAUCCUACGUUUCAAAUUCGCUAGAAAAAAAAACAAGGAAUGUUCUAAUUUUAGCUUGUAGGCGUAUUGAAAAUGGUUAAUAUGUUGCUAGUAAUGAUCCCGAGACACAAAGCAAAUGCCCUUAUGAAUGAAGAAAUAAAAGAAGAGGAUAAAAUAAGAGUAAUCACGUUUUUAUGUGGCGCCAGUGUCCUAUAAUUAAGUGCAAAGACAUUUUACGUAGAGAAUUUAAAUAAUUCAGGUAUGUUUAAAACACGUGCUGUGAGUGUUUAAAACAACUUCAAAAACGGUCUCUAGAAUCCUUUGUUUUUACUUGGUAAAGCUAAAUAAUGCAUUUUCUUUUUAAAGCUGGUUGAUAAGAAUAUGUCAAACAAAAGCAGCCAAAUUAAGGAAGGUUGAUUAUGUUUAUGCAAACAUAUAGCAGCACUGAAGAAUAAUCUAAAGAGCACAGUUCAAGGGUCUAUUUGCCCUCACGUCCCCGCUGUCUUACAGACAUUUCUCUUGUAAAUAACUCAGUGUACAAGAUAAAAGAAAGUACUCGAGGAAAGUGUCACUAAAUCUUACUACAACGCGACUUACUUGUCCAUGAUAAUUUUAAUGGACUUGCGUUGUAGUGGUAAGAAGUGUCAGUUAAGACUUCGCUCAUUGAUUGGUAAAGUAAAGUAAAGAAAAACUUUAUUUACACAGGGUAGCCCAUUCAGCUCUAAGGCUGGUCUCCAUAGGGGCCCCGUAUCUUAAAAAAAAUUAAUUUACAUCAAGAAUUUUCAUGAACUAUUACAUUUAAAAGGCCUACUAAAAAUCAAGAGAGAAUGAGCAUUCUGUCUUGUAAAAAUACAAUACUAGAAUUUAAGAACUGCUUUAAAAGGCCUAAGAAUACAAUGCAAAAUCACAUUUAAAGCCUAACAUAGUAAUAAGAUAUCAAAGUUAUUAUAAAAAGAAAUGUCUUGCUCGGCGGCAGAACGUUUGAAUGUCUUCACUCUUCACAAUGUUUAAAGGGAGUUUGUUAAAAAUUUUUGCGCCAGUAAAAAGAAAUGUCCUUUUCCCAAAAUUUUGUCUAACGUUUGGUAGGGAUAGCCUCAUACUUUGCCUUGUGAAAUAAUUGUGAAUGUUCUAGAAUCUAGUAAAAUAUAAUGAAAAACAACCAGGAACUAAUGAGUGAAGACAGCAGUCUUAACUGGAGAUUAAUUGUCUUUGGUCUUUUUUUGGUUAAAUAAACUUUGUAUUACAUACUAGAAUGAGGGGUUCUGACCAAUGUGUGUGUGGAUUACUAUUUUUUUUCUUUUCAUUUUUCAUUUUAAAGCAAAUUAGCCUGACUGUUUUAUAUAAAAUUGUUUGUUGACAUUCUUUCUGUAGAACGUUCAUCCUAAUCAGCAUCCGAUAGUUUCAGUCCUACGUAACUAUGUAUCUCGCCUGAUGCUGCUGAAUUCAAAUUUCUUCCCUUAUUUUUAAGUCAGGUGAAUUUUAACGGAACGUUGCACAUGAUUAACGCCAUAUUCACACGAAUCCGGACAUUUUGUUACCCGGAUUCGCGUGGAUGGGGUCUUAAACCACUCUGGAGAACGGUUUCAAAACAAUGUGGUUUCCGUGUCCGGAUUCACUGGUUUCGUGUGAACAGAGGGCCGAUUCGUGUAAAAAAGUAUGCGGUUUCAAAAAUAUCUGGAUUCGUGUGGACGUGGCCUAAAUCCGCUCAUUCAACUGGACAAUAUGCCUUCUGAAUAGCAUGAGUGAGUUCUGGGCAGAGGCUACUUUUUCGCUGUGUGAGCUGGCUUGCGAAAAGUAGCCUCUGCAGGCAACUGAUCUACUACGCAUGACUCACGCAGUGCUCUAAACAGGUCAAGAAGAGGAAAAUCCCGCUUUUUUAAUUUAUUCGUCCGGAUUUCAGGACGGAUUUGAACGGUUGUCGGCAGAGGCUACUUUUCGCUCGACAGCUCACACAGCGCAAUUGUAGCCCCUGCUCGCAGGGCAUAAGGUCUGUUAAGCUUGCUGUAAAACCUGCGCCUUUUCACAAGUUUGAUUUGUCCUUAAAAUGCAUAUUUCGGAGAAACUAAUGUAGAUAUCUUCGGGUAGUUCAUUCCAUAGUUUCAACAUCCACCUUGUGCUAAUUAUAUUUGACUCCAAAUUUUAUGAUUCAGAGAUCAUGUGCGCAAAUUCAGCAAAUGGUUCCAAAUGCUAAAUCUGGCUACUACUGGAUUUACAUUAAACGCAAGAGGGCGCAAGUGUACUUCGACAUGGACAAUUAUGGUAGGGAUGUUUUUUUAGGAUUCAGUUAUAUGGUCUAAAGGAAUGAAGGGAUCAAAUCCAUGCAACGUUUCAUUUAUGAGAAUGCUUAAAUUCGUCUUUAUUUAGUUACGCUCACUCGAUUUGGCAUGUUACGGGCGGUUCAGGGAUGAAUGAGUUGAUGAUUUGAUCCAUAUGCUAUGUGCAAAAAUUCUGAACCUCACUCUGUCAAAUGACAGACUGAAUUAUAAGCUUUUGAAGGAUUUUAUCUUUAGGCUAGAAUACACCAAAUAUAAAUACAUUGAAGAACAGUACUGACUAGCUGUCCUUAAAAUGACGUUAUAAUCUUACUGAGAUUAACCUCUCACUGCCAAACGUGCCCAGAGUCAAAUUCAACAAAAUCCUAGCUUUAGUUUCGUCAUUAAAAAAUGCUGAAAACAAAUAGACGACACUAUAGUAGGGAGCGAAUUAUCCCUUUUUGCGGUGGAAUAAAUAAACGCCAUAGCGUCAUAGCUCUUUAUCUCAUGAAUAAAAGGCUAUUGCGUCAUCGACGUUAAUGCUUUCUUGCUCAAAGUAACGAGUAUCCAAAGCAUUUUUUCAUGAGAUCAAGACAAAAGGCUAUGACAUCAUCGGUUUUAAUUUAUUCUACUGCAAUCUAAUAAGAUUCCCCCAGAAAAAAGGAUAAUUUGGUCGUAACUAUACGACUUAGUACAAUGUCAAAGUACUGUCAAAGAGGUCAGUAUCAUUUGAAUGGAACACCAUAGGAUUUUCUCCAUAAACCCGAAAGUUAACCUUCGGAUGGACACGCAAAUUCAUUCCCCCAACGUGGUACAAGGGGACAGGGGGUUGACGGAACCCCUCCCCAGAGUUUCUGAUAUGUUGCAGUAUUUCGAAACGAUUUUGCCCUAAGUGGAAAGCCUUUAAUCUUCUCAACAAAAAAAUUUUUCGAGUUCAAAACUCGACAAGUUUUCUUUAUUUACCCAUUCCUUUCGUCGGCUGAAACUUGGAAGAUCGUUACAAAGAAGGUGUGUCAAUUUUUCUACGCUAAAGCUGACAUUUUAAGGGAGAAAAAUCCGUAUUUUGGAAAGCAUCUUUUUGCAAAACAAGAACCGAUUACGCGUGCAAGACUUCGUGGACAAGACUUUGCGACUGGCAAGAAUUUCUCUUUUAAUCAGUGCCAUACAAAGAGCUUUGCGUUUUUUCUCGGGAAAGUUAUUUUAUAAAAGCAAUAGAAAACUGUUUUCCUGUGUUUGCAUAGCCUGAUAUAAACACCUGAGGCGUUGGGAGAAUUCUCGACGGUUAUGCAAACCCUGGGCUUCGUCUCGGGUUUGCAUAACUGUCUUGAAUUCUCCCAACCACUCUCGUGUUUAUAUCAGGCUAUACAAACACGGGAAACGUUUUCUAUUGCUUAAAUAUUAUGUUCUUGUUAACGGUAAUUUUCAGGUGGAGGAUGGACGCUGGUUGUAAGCAUAAGUUCCUCUAGUAGGGAUCAUCUUUUGAAUAGAGAGGUCAACUGCUACAGUCCAACACGUUGUGUUGAGUUCACCAACUCCCAAAUUCCUGGCAGAAAACUUUCAGACGAGAGCAUUCACGAAAUUUCCACGUACGAAGGUAAGGCAAUCUGAAUAUUAAAAUCCUUUUUGGAGCCUAACACUGAGAAUAAUUCUGACUGCAGUUUUUUAUGCCACUUAGACAACUUCCAGGAUCAUAGUUUAGUUUUAAUGCAGGGUGGCGUGGGAAAUUUUCUUCUGCUUUACUAUGCAGUUUACUGUACCUGCCUUGCCUAAUAACGAGGUCCUUUUCUCGUUAUUCUGCAUAGUUACAUUGAAUAGAAAUUUGUGUCUUUGCAGGUAGUAUCACCCUGGUCAAGUAUAACAAUACAAAAACCAAAGUCGACCGGCUUAAACUUUGACCGGACGCUUUGUUGAGACGGAACCGUUCAAAAUUUUCGCCGUGCUCAGACAGAACUGACGAAACAGUUUGCAUGAAUUAUAACUUUUUCAGUUGUUCUAUCAUCUACCCAUGCGUAGUAAAUUCACAAUGGCGCUCCCAAUUGAGUAACCACGCAAAAAAUGUGUCGUACGGUUGGCGUGGUUCCGUGUGAACAGUGAGAGAUGACCAAAGGAAGGAAAAAUGAGAGUCACACUGGAAACGAGAUUAAACUAGAAAAACUACGUAAAUUUUACUUGUCUCUUUAGGUACAUUCAGGGUCGAAAAAGUGACAGCCGGUUUCACAGCAUUUUAUCAGGUAAACCCAGAUCAUUUUUAAUGAUAAUUCUUGCUUAGAAGACAUUCAAAUUCUCAGUUAGAUGUUUUUUACCGGCUAAAUCUUAGUCAAAUUUUUAUGAAGCAUAAUGUUCUGCAUGCAUUGAUUUAUUCGAAUCGCGCUGUUUCGACCGCCUACUGCCGGUCUCCAUCAAAAGAUGGUGUCGAUUUGCUAUGCAGGACUAUUACUAGCACCUUUGUCGGUUACACGGGUAUCAGUGCACUUCCAUGGCUUAGGUGACGACGACGGCGACGUCAACGAGAACGGUAAAAAGGCUAUUAGAGAGAUUAAGAGUCACGUUUACGGCAAACAGCUGAAGUCGGAUUCAAGUUGAUGGUUUCUCAAAAUAGAAAAUAAGCAGAUAAAAGCCGUCCAGAACAAUUCGUAUGGAUAAAACUGGCGUGAAACUACUUAUUUUUGAGCAGAGGUAAUAAAAAGUAAACGACAAUUAUGGAGAAAACCUGGUCACGUAGUACAAAUUCACGCUUUUUUGCACAUUUCUUUGCCGUCACUGCACGACUACGACGUUAAAAUGUCUAAUUUCACGUUUUGUAAAGGACGUGAAAACAAGACAACGACUUCCCUUUUUCCCCUGAACUUGAUACAGUCUCUUAGAAUUCAACUCCAGGAAAAAUUGCCAUAAAAAAGGAUUUAAACGGGAUGGAAUAAGCGUGAUAAAGUAUGAAGCAGCGCAACUUCACUUUUUAGGGGACGUUUUUCGUAUCCCUUGCCGUCAACAACAACAACAACAACAACAACAAAACCUUUAUUAUAGUGUCUUAAAUAUUUAGCUUAGUAGCUAAUUGGGGACACUGUAAUAAAAAUACUUAAGUGUUAUUGUCAGAAAAAACCGGGCAAUAGCAAAAGAUCGACGUCGGCCGUUUACCUUCAUGUUUUCACAGUAUGAAAGCUAUCUGAAAAGAUGAACAACCAUGGCAUUUGGAGAAGUAGCCGUUCGAUUUUCUUCGAGAUAUCACUAUUUCGAGAUUUUGGGACCUCCGGCGACCUAAAAAAGCACAAAUUUUGGCUAACUUUGGGUGAAGUUAAAACAUAGUUGGCCAAACUCCCAAUAGUUCUUAUAUUUUUUCCAUAACACCUAUCGCUUCGUUAGUCGACUGGAAUAUGUUAAACUUCCUUUGCUUAAAUACUCUAUUUUUUACCUGGUGCUAAAAAUCGCUCCUGAAUCGUUAAUGAGCGUCACCCAAAUUUCAGUCAUUUUCAGUUGACUGUUUUACCGAGAUGCGGCAGUUUAUUUCAAAAGUAAAAUCAUUUCUAGAUGGCUUAUUGUGCUGUUAUCAAAAUCCAGUUUGUUUAAAAUUGGUAUCUAGCAGCAAAAUGGAGAAAAUGGCAUGCGAAAGUACAAUAAUAAACGUCAAGUAUUAAUAUUUCCCGCCAAAUUUUAUAGCGCCACGUUUCGUUUUACUGUGAUUGUGGUUCGUAAAUGUCUUAAAAUAGAUUUUUACGACUUCAGAAGAGAUAAUUGAAAACUUUUAUAUCCCUAAUUACAAGGAAAAACAUCAUAAAUCAUCGUAUUGAUAAUAAUCUUUUUAAUAAGCAAGCGAAAUCUUCAAAAAACGAAGCCCAUUUUUCCCGCGAAAGUUUUAAUUUAUUUGUCACGCAGUACAGUAAAGCCGGACUGUAUUCUCAGUUCUGAGCUUUUGACGUUGGCCAGAAAACAAACUUAAAUCAAAUAAUACCAAGAAAAUUCAGAAUUAUCCUAAUUAAAUUACUUCAUAGAGACACCCUGUUUCCAUCGAACGUUAGAGUUGUCACGAAUUUAACGAUCGGACGUCACGACAGGUUGAAAACAGAUCAAAAGAUGAAUUGUUCAUUCAGAUCGGAGGAAUCGCCAUGUGGCUUGCGUGGAGUUGGUACGGUUAUUCUGCCGUUACUUGCCUGCAAAAGAGAUAUUACCUUUCCUCUUCUUAGUCUGAAAAUCAGCGUAAAACGUGGUAGAGGAAGCACCGAGGUCAGCGAAACAGAGUUAAUUUUAAACCGUGCAGGUCUUUUGGGUGCUGUUAGCAAUGACGAAAUGCAGACCAUGACAAUCUGUCCCAAGCAUAGGCUGGAUCUUACGACUAUCUGGCUGGGUCGUAAAGUCGAAAUAUGUUGUUAUCCAGACCAUGAAGGUACCAAGAGAGGACUUAAACUCCCUAGACGUGUAAACGCUGAUAUGUCAGCGGAAAUCUUUGUUUUAUUCAAUGCUGUGGCUCCUAUUGGCUCAGGUUAGUGUAAUGCAUUCAUUUUUACAGAUUUUCUUUUUUAGCUUAAAGUAGUUCCCACGAUUUGCAUCAAAAGGGUGGAACACGAACGCCCGUAAGCAAGUAUUUGCGACAGAUUGCAGUUUCCCAUGACUGAUGCUUUACUCCGAAAAAGGGUGGUUUCAUUGUGUCCAAACCGCGUGUACCGAGUGAUAAAGACACCUUAUUGCCAUCAAGCCAAAGGGGAAAAUCAUACUUAAGCCCCGCUAAAAUAUUUUUUCUUACCUUGAACUCUAAUUUUACUGACAACAUAAACUUUGCGUGCAAAGCUAAUUGAAAGUACAAACAAACGUUUUGCUUCUAAGUUGUCGCAACACCUGUUGUAGUAAUCUGUGCCAGAAGAGCCUUUUCAUGACAACCAAAAAGUAAACUAAAUUAGUAUUGCCAGUCUCUUUUUCUUUUGCAACUGUUUUUGAUGAAAAUCCGAGGGUUCGUAAAAACGAAAGUGAACGUACGCAAAGGGCAAACAUAAUUAGAUUACAGUUUCUCCACAGCUGACACUCUUUUUACUUAUAUAUUCACAAAUGAGGCAUAACAGAAAAAAGGAUAUGAAAAAAAAAAAAUACAGCAAGUUGUUCAACAGGAUAAAAAAGUAUUAACCCAGGAUAGAUUAGUAUUGCAGUUUUACAGAAAUUAACAAAAGGUUUAUUUGUUAUAUACUGAAAUAUGGCCUUAGAAAUGGUAAUAAAAUCAAUUACCGUGAAGUAAACGCAAAAAAGUUACAACAGAGAAAUAGUCUAGUCGGAAGGCAGGGUACCCAUGCACCCCUAGGAUAUAUUUUUCUAACUUACAUUUUUGUAAUCCUCAAGAUGUCUUGAAAAAGAAAUUCUAUGUUCCCAUCGCGAAACAUUGUCCCAAGGCCUUUUUUUAGUGCUCUUUGUGGCGGCCAUCUUGGCAGCCAUCUUGGUUUUCAAAUGAAAGUUAAUUGCGGACAAUUAGUUUAUCAAAAGAGGCAAAUAACUUUUAUUUGCGUAUACUUUUACUAUAACGAAUACCUUUAAAGUAUAUACGUCCUUUUUUUGACAAAUUAAAUAAAUUUGAAGUAAACAGUGAAAACAAAUUAAGUAUGAUUUACGCUCAGAAUAAAGAACUUAACAUUAUAUUCAACUCAGUUUUCUAUGAUUACCUCUAUUAAUUUUUCCAUUUUAAAAAAGGGCAACCACAGAUUAAAAAGAAUCUUAUAAAGUCCAGAAUUGGAUCAAAGCGAAAAUACUAUUAAAUAAGUCACCCUAUUGCCUUCUUAAAUCAGACUAUGCUUCUAGUACAACAAUCCUAAUGUGAAACAGGCCAAGCAGCACAUGAACUAUUAACUGGGCCACUGUUUAAUUUACAACCUCAUUUGAAAUGGUUAUCAAAUAUGCAGGGCAUUUUUACGUAUCGCUACUUCUUCUUUUCACUUUAACUUUUAUUCUACACGCCUGUAUAUAAAACCGAAAAAAAAUAUAUGUGAAAAUUUGGAUAGUUUGUACUUAAACUGCGAUUUCAUUUUGAUACUAAUUAAAAAUGCGUUAAGUCAUAUUUUCAUAUUAUUUUAAGAAAGAUUUGAACUAUGUUUUGCACUUUUAAGAGUCUAAAUCGUUAAAAAAAAAUCACUGUUAGAAUUUUAAGAGAUGAAACGCAAAGGGAAUAACGCUAACAGACAAGACUUUCUUCACAAGCGGCCCGCUCUUCGCCGUAUUUUACAUCCGAGUGACAUUCAUCAUGGCGAUUUCACAGCACUCAGUAAUGUCAAGGGAUCUGUUACUGAGAAGCUUUCCUUGAAUUACAUGAAGUUCGUGACAGGCGAGUUAUGGAACCUCAUGAUUAACCGAAUCGCAUGGAAGAUGUUUGUUUGCAGAUUCCAGAGAAUCUCGAGGGUGCAAAUUUAGAAGCAAUCUGCUAUCACCUGUUACCAAAGGUUUACUAAAAGCCAGGACAAGUUGAAGUCCAGUGUGACACCUAAUACUGUAAUUUUGAAGCCACAACAACAACACGUUCCCCUCGUAAAUCAUCAUCCUCAUCUGCUCCGCAGCUGUUUCCUCCAAAUGCAUUUUCUGUGAAAAGCUUGAACUGAAAUCGUGUGGAAAAACAGAGCAAUGCAUCAAGUUCCCAGUGUUCAAGGACAAAGACGGAGCUCUAAAGGAGCCUACUGGGAAACAGAUUGAGCCUCGAGCCCUCGAGCUUGGCAAUAGUCAUCUUCAUCGCAACGGUACAAGGGGAAGAUUUGUUUGCACGAGAGGCCCGGUUUCACCCGUCCUGUCGCAGUUUAUUUAACUUGAGGUAUUUAAAUCAUCUGCGUGAUACAGCCCGAGCCACAAAAGACGUGAAAAAACCGAAACAGAUCAGGGUCAGAAGGCAUCUGCACAUCUGAAGGCAUUCACUUCCGUGCUUGAUUUUAUUUAAGAUUCCGUUAUUGAGCAGAGAAAAGUUGUGUUGCUUUCUUCUCUACGUGUUCUCUACGUCCAAGAGUUGGAGAAAAAUGUGUCCAUAUGAAGUAACUUAAUCAGGAUAAGUCUUCAUGUUGAUGGCAUUGUUUGAUUUAAGUUUGUUUUCUGGCGACCGUCUGAAAACUGAGAAUAAAGUCUGGCUUUACUCUAUUGCGUGACAAAUAAAUUAAAACUUUCGCGGGAAAAAUGGGCUUCGUGCUUUUGACAUUUUUAGUUGUUUAUUCAGGAGAUUGCUAUCAAAACGGAGAUUUACAAUGUUUAUCCUUGUCAAUAGUGAUAUAAAAGUUUUCAAUUAUCUUUUUAGUGAAGUCAUGAAAGUAUACUUUAAGAUAUCUACGAGCCACAAUCACAGUAAAACGAAACGUGGCGCUAUAAAAUUUGGCGGGAAAUAUUAAUACUUGACGCUUAUUAUUGUACCUUAGCAUGCCAUUUUUUCCAAUUUGCUGCUAGAUACCAAUUUUAAACAAACUGGAUUUUGAUAACAGCACAAUAAGCCAUCUAGAAAUGAUUUUACUUUUGAAAUAAACUGCCGCAUCUCGGUAAAACAGUCAACUGAAAAUGACUGAAAUUUGGGUGACGCUCAUUAACGAUUCAGGAGCGAUUUUUAGCACCAGGUAAAAAAUAGAGUAUUUAAGCAAAGGAAGUUUAACAUAUUCCAGUCGACUAAGGAAGCGAUAGAUGUUAUGGAUAAAAUACAAGACCUUUUGGGAGUUUGACCAAGUAUGUUUUAACUUCACCCAAAUUUGGCCAAAAUUUGUGCUUUUUGGGGUCGCCGGAGGUCCCAAAAUCUCGAAAUAGUGAUAUCUCGAAGAAAAUCAAACGGCUACUUCUCCAAAUGUCACGGUUGUUCAUCUUUUCAGAUAGCUUUCAUACUGUGAAAACAUGAAGGUAAACGGCCGACGUCGAUCUUUUGCUAUUGCCCGGUUUUUUCUGACAAUAACACUUAAAAGGAUAAAAAUAUCUAUAUAUAUUCAUAUGUAAAAGACUUGAAAAGCUAAUAAAAAUAUACAAAUUAAAAUUUACUUUUAGUCAAUUGCCUAUGAAUAUUUAUUAAAACCUAUUUCCUCUGUAAUUAAAAAUCAAAAUGAACAUAAAUGACAGUUUUCACAACUGUCCUCAAGCACGUUUGCCAAGUCUCUUCGCCUUAUAUUUCUAAUAAAAAGUUUCAAGUUAUCACUAUAUAUCAUCACUAUAUUUAUUGUUGCUUAAGUUCCCCUAUUUUUAGUGUUCUAAGUUCUCGGCCCUUGGAUGAGCUUCGUAAUCCCCUGAACCAAUAUCAACUGCCGUGUGACAAACAAUAAACGAACCCUAUCAUGGUCGAUACUGUUAAUUUUAUGUUUUAUAGAUUCCGGCAGGAGCAAGGUACUUUGAUUCUGAAUGCCGACAUUUCAGGUAAAACAUGAUAAAUUACUGCAACUCUCGUCUCACAUUACAUACUGAAGUAGGGGCACCAUUCCUGUUAUGGUUGGUUAACUGGAUUUUUUCAGGAGUAUACUUCCUCACUUUAAGCGUUGACUACGUCAGCAUUAACAAAGAUAUCGUUGGUAAAAAGAUUACUGGUACCGCAGCUGUACUAUAUAAAAAUGAAAAUUUGUUAUGAUCCAAUAUUGACAUGGCAGUUGUCAUAACAACGUAAUGACGCCACUACGUUUUUUAUGUGCCUUUGUAUUUCCUGGUACUAGGAUUUUUUUUAGAAAUCGCUUUAGGAAGUUUGUACCUCCCUUAGUUGCCUCGUUUAUGACAAAGUUUGAAAAGAUUAUGUGAGAACGUUUUGGAAAUAUUUUGAAACGGAGUUUUAAGUGUCGUAGAAAUAGUGCAUAAACAUGCUAUCGACAUAAUUGGCUAAUAUCUAAAGAAAAUGAUGUCUGGAAAUGCAGUUUCAUCUCAUAGUGGUUUGAUUCCAUUGGAACUGUGUAAGAAAAGAGAGGGGGAUUGCUUUGGCCGAUUGUGAGAAAGAAGAAUUUGAUUAACCUACGUUGGGCUGCUUUCUUUACUAUUGUUGUAUGUAAUUUGCUCCACAGUACAUACACUAACCACUUUCGCAUAUACUUGUGUGGCUUGACACUCAGCUGGUAAAAUUACUCAACAUAUCUCAGCGAUACCAUGAAGGGAUGUCAAAAAGUACCAUCAUCGACUCUCAACAUAUGGAUUUAUAACUUUAGCUAGCACCCCACGCCGACGUCCGUAGGACGUCGUCACGCGUUCCUCCCCACGAAUUACCCAAAGCUGGAAAAUGGCUCCUGAGUGGCCCUUUUCUACGGACGAAAGUGAAUGCUCUUUUCAGCAGACGUUCGUGUAGGAGGAACGCGCGAGGAAGCGUACGUGGGAGGCUAUUACAACCUAGACAUUCCAUUGUGUUUUAUAGCUGCCCUCGUAUCAUAGUGUCUCACGUGUACCCCUACCACUGGGAAUCAAACUGCAAAGGGAUACUGAAUGGUUAUCGUAUACAUCCCAGCGGCUGUCACAGAGGUAAGAAAUCAUACGUGUUAUAAAAGGCCCUGCAAAUGUAAUGCUUCAAUUUACUCCAAAACAGAACUUGCUAUAUUUAUGAGAAACGAUAUCAGUAUUGCUUAUGAUCUACCGCUGUCCAAACCUUCACACCGCCUUAUUAGCGCAGGUCACUAACCGCAGCUUUCCUUAGCUGGUUCGUUGGAUUUAAAUCCCGGCCAUACCACCAACCAAGACCUCAACCUCGUUCCCAGGGUUCUCUCCCUGGGAACGAGGUUGCCAAGACCUUCAAAAAAAUGGUAAGAUCCUGCUAGGUGUUUUUAAGAAUGUUUCCCUUAGUCAAAAUGAUGGCGUCUUUGGGCUAUGGCGUUAAGCCGUUGCUUAUUUCUUCUUCGUUCUCAUUUAUUAAUCUUAGAAGAGGAUAAAGUUAACCACGGUAAUGCAAUUCAAAAACAGAGGUGCUUUUCCGAGGUUGUGUCGUGUAACCUCUGCCUCUACUCACUUUACACAUCACACAAAUCAUGGGUUGGGCAGGCCUAGUAGCCUGCGCCGCACACACUCUAAACUCUCUGUAUAGUACGAACUAUACAUUAUGGUUUUUAAAAUAAACGAUGCUAUUGAAAAAAGAUGCGAGGGACGGCUACAACGCAGGCGACGACCCCGAGUUACCUCAUAUAUGGACUGACUACCUCAGCCUGCGGCACAAUCUAUGCAUAAAUUGUAUCAGAUUCCCCUUCUAGACAUGUAGAAUCGUAAGCCAAAAUAGGUUGUCAACACAACAUUUUAAGCCUUUUCACUAAUUAUUUUUUCUUGUCUUCCAGUUUUCGACAUGCAUGACGAUUCUGAAUGUGGAUCGCGUUGGGACUCGUCGAAAUUCGGUACGCUUGUCCAUAUAUAA